AUGCCAGCUGUUGCUACUGCUACUGUUGCAGCAGGACCACCCCGCCGUCUUCUCUUCAUAGCCUCAAUAGGCAACCAAGGCCCUUACCGCCGAACAAGACACAGUGCAGGCCAUGUCCUCCUAGACGACCUUCUUCCCCGACUCCGUGCGCGAUGGGCAUUCACACCUAGCGAUGCGCAAACACAACCCCCCAUCGGCGCAUACUACACAACAUGGUAUAGCCCAUCUUUCAUGAACGAGUCGGGCCCGAAACUAGUCCGGCAAAUGGUGAAGUCAUUUGGGAAACAGGAUGAGGUUCUUGGGCAGGGUCCUUCCUUGUCGCCUUGGUUAGCUGGGCUAGUACCCUCUGGAUCUGCACCUGGACAGGCACAGUAUCCCGCUACACUGGUUAUUUUGCACGACGAGCUCGAGGCACCGUUGGGUAAAGUGCGGGUAAAGCGGGGUGGACCUGAGGCUUUUAGUCUACGUGGUCAUCGGGGUUUGAUUAGUGUUUGUGAGAGUUUAAGAGGGAAAGGGUUAUAUCCUGUGAAUCAGGGUCAGGGUAAACGUGGGAAGAAUGAAUCCCCGCGGGAUCUGUCUAUCUUGCGGGUUGGUGUUGGGAUUGGGAGGCCGGAUAGUCGGGCGAAGAAUGCUGUCGCCGAUUAUGUGUUGACGGAGAUGGAUACAAAGGAAUUGGCAGCUGUGCAGAAGGCUGUUGAUCCUGUUGUGGAGAUUCUGGAGGAGGAAUUGUAUAGAGCUGAGGUAGAGAAGUCAGGAUGA